UUACGUUCUGGCAUCAUAUCCUGUCGUUGGACGCUGUUCUGCUUGCGACCGCGCAACGCGUUAACCUUAAAAAACACAAAACGACUUUGAGUGCAUUUGGAGUUUUCUGAAUUUAUAUUUGAAGUAAUUGCAAUAUUCACAUUUGUGUGUUUAAAUAAUUUGUUUAUCCGCGAAUUGCUUAUAAACAGGGACAUUGGAAUACCUUUAUUGAUCUGGAUUGUGUGCUAACUACACAUAAACCAGUCAUCGCAAAUUCGGUCUUCUGCUUCCCCGACCGGUCCAGUCCAUUAAGUAUUGUUUUCGCAGUGAGUCCGGCUUAAACGGCUUCAAGAUUAAUUACUCAAAGUACCAUCACAACGCUAUGUCCCUAUCGGCCAUAGCCAAGCCAAUACUGUACUCGUAUUGGCGCAGCUCGUGUUCAUGGCGCGUGCGAAUUGCGAUGAAUCUCAAAGAGAUACCCUAUGAUAUCAAACCCAUCAGCCUGAUUAAGUCGGGUGGUGAGCAGCACUGCAAUGAAUACCGUGAGGUUAACCCCAUGGAACAGGUGCCCGCACUUCAAAUAGAUGGACAUACACUUAUCGAGUCUGUCGCUAUUAUGCACUACUUGGAGGAGACACGCCCUCAACGUCCAUUGCUCCCACAAGACGUUCAUAAGAGAGCUAAGGUGCGUGAAAUUAUUGAGAUCAUUUGCUCUGGUAUUCAACCACUUCAAAACCUUAUUGUCCUCAUUCACGUUGGAGAGGAGAAGAAAAAGGAAUGGGCACAGCAUUGGAUAACACGCGGAUUUCGUGCUGUGGAAAAAGCUCUGUCAACUUCGGCCGGAAAGUAUUGCGUAGGCGAUGAGAUUUCUAUGGCGGAUUGCUGCCUUGUACCGCAGGUGUUUAAUGCAAGAAGAUUCCAUGUGGACCUGCGUCCAUAUCCCAUUAUACUGCGCAUUGACCGCGAGCUGGAGAGCAAUCCAGCUUUUCGUGCUGCUCAUCCUUCCAAUCAGCCGGACUGUCCGCCGGAGUUACCCAACAAAUAGAAUUUUCCGCCGACAACUGCAAAGCGCCGUAAAACAAAAAAGUGAUUUGCAGUUCGUAUUACAAACGGAAGUACAUUUUUAAUACUAUUUAACAAUGACAGCGAAACAAGGUUUGAUUAAUACGGGAAGUUAGAUGGAGUAUGUUUCAUUGAGAUAAACAGUCGGAUGUGAUUUACGAAAUUGCUAACAGCAUUUACCUAUGCAUAAAUGCAUAAAAAUAUAAUAAUAUCGAUAAAAUAUAAUAUGAACAACAUGAAAAAUUAAAUGAGAAACCAUAUUAAUAGUCUCCAAAAAAAAAAUUAAAAUAUUCAUUUGUUCUCAAUGUGAAAAUGGUCUAAAAGAUAAUCUCAGAUAUAAACUUAUUUUUAUGAAUUUUAUGUAAGGUAUCAAAACUCAAAAAUUUAAAGGAAUUCAUGACGACAAGCAAAAUUUGAUUCAGGGAUUUAAAAAAGAUAAAAGUAAUUUUAAUAUGUACUAUGUGUACAUUCAAAACCUACAAACAAUAUUACAUACUAUAAAUAAUAACAAUUAAAAAUAAGAAUCUAUCGACGCUGAAGAAAAAUCAUUUUUGAAAAGUACAAAAAGGAAGGCCGUUUAAACUAUACCAACUAAACAAAAAGAACACUAAUAAUUCAACAUAAAUCAUGACUCAAAGAACUACGGCGAACAAAAGUUAUUUUCGCUACCAAGCAAAAAAUUGGAAAAAUGUAUUUCAACAAUUUAAUGCACAUAAUAAAACGAUAACCCAUCCACAAUUGAAGUGCAGCAUAAUAAAUUAUAUAUUAUAGGGUUCAAACAUCUCUGAGACAAUCUAUCACUUGCGUGUGUAUACAAGUAAUUGAACGACACAUUGAUAAGGAUGAUAGCCUCAAUGUAGUUUAAGAAACCUUGCGAUUUCUAAGGAAAGCCAUCAAUCUGCACAUGACUAUGUUAAUUACCAUAAAAUUGUAACAGUUCCAAAUAUUAUCUACAUAAUUAAAAAAUAAACUUCUUAGUAACCCUAA